AUGUUGAAAAAACCCAUUAAAAAAAGUUCAAGCAAUCAAUCUCAAAUUAAGCAGGCUUACGAAUUAGUGACCAAGGACUUAUUGGCUAAUCUAAAAAAAGCCAAAGAUGGAGCAAUUAUCAAAAUAGGUGAAGUAGGAACUUUUCAGAAGAAGAUAUCACGAGUUAGAAAUACUUAUGGUGUUUACCGCUAUUAUCGGAUUAAUUUCCAGGCUUCGAAGUCUAAACCUGAACCUUCGGGUCUCAUGAAAAUGGUCGGACAAUCCCUUCCUUUUUUGCCCUUAUUAUUCGAACAAUUUACGGGCCAAAAAAUCCCGCAAAUGGGUGGAACCAUGUUUGAAAUCCAAAUGACUUUACAGCAGAUAUUAGCCAAUCAACAAGCCCUUAAUCAGAGAUUAUUAAGUUUAGAAAAUAAUGCCGUCCAACAAUUCACUGCUUUAAAUCAACAAGUCCAAAGCAUUAAGUCCGUCCGUUUAACUCAUCAAAAGGAAACCAAAGCCAUUGAUUAUAGUUUGCAAUCAGAACAGCAAUAA